AUGGCUCCGGUCGCGCAUAGUGAUAUUGAGGCCGGAAGCCAUACUUCGGACAUGGCCAGCCAGGACUCUCCCAUCCGCCGACAAUUCUCCGAACCAAUCCACCGCCUCCCAAUCUCCACCCCUUCUCCCCCCCCAACCGAGCAUAUGGCCUCCGUCCACCCGCAGAUCGCCAGACGCGCCACCCUCGACCGCGCCGCCGACGAGCCCGUGGAAGCCGAUCGCGUCUCCACCGUCGCCGAAAUCGAAGAGAACGACGCGGCCGAUGUGGAAGACGAGCAGGACGACGACCUGAGCGACGCCGCCGUCGAUGGCGUCGCCGAUGGCGCAGAGACCACCGAGCCAACGAAUCCGCCCGACGAGGACGAGGAACUUGAAGCCGAACCCGAAGCCGACGCGGACGGGGACACCGAAGCCGUCGACGGCGACGGCCACGAAGUCGAGUCCGACCUCGCCCUCUCGAACCAGCUCCACGAGUUCUCCCGGCCGCAGGACUCGGUCUCCUUGGACAAGCGCGUCCAGAACCUGUGGAACCUCCACGAGGCUACACUCUUUUCCAGCGAUUACGACGAGACAGCCACCCACCUGAGCCAGACCUGGGCCCACGUCUUCCUCGACCCCCUCGACCCCAAGCGCGGCAAGAAGCGGGACGGGUCCGACCUCCUCGAUCGACCCGACCCCUACCACAAGCCCCAUGUGGGCCGCGGCGAAUUCCUCGAGAUCACCCAGGUGGAAGCGUUCUUGCGCCAGCUCCGGGAUCCCGAGCUGCGCGCCUCCGACCAGCUCUACGCCAUCACCGAGAAUGUCGCCUACGCGCUCAAGGCCUGGCAGGAUGAAUACCUCGCCAUCGAGAAACUGCAGAAGCUGGCGACCCGCCACAACGCGAAGCCCAGCAGCAACCCCCGCAAGACGGAGAAGCCGCGCAUCUUUGAGGAUAAGAAGGAGGCGAUGCUCUACAACUACAAACACGACCCCAAGAAGGACAAGAUCAACCACCAGAACCCCUUCGUCCAAGGCGGUUUCAAACCGACCCUGGCCCAGGCCCGCAAGAUGGCCGCUAAGGCGGGCCCCGAUAACCCCAACCCCGACGGGUGGCCGACCAUCACCAAGUUCGGCGUCGAGCACGUCCCCAAGUUCCAGAACCCUCCGCCCCGCGUACCCGUGGUCCCCAAGGCCACGCGCAAACGUAAGGCCGCCGAGCUUGAGGCCGCCCGCGCCCGCGAUACGGACCAGACCCCCGGCGGGACGCCCGCCCCCGCGGACACAGAACCCGAGUCGGUCCCUCCCAAGCGGACCACGUGUGCCCGCCGGACGGACCCCGCCCCGACCAGUAGACCUGCCGCCCGCGGUCGCGGACGCGGCAAGGGGGCCAGAUCAGGCGCGCGCGCCGCCUCCGAAACGCCCCAGCCCGCCACGCCUACGGCCCCGGCCCGGGCGUCCGGUCGCAUGCCUGGUCGGGAGACCGCCGCGCCGGCCACCGCCACUGGCACCUCGCAGACCCGACCCGGCCCUGCGACCUCGCUGGCGCCCCUCGAACCGGCGCCGCGCGGGGGGUCCGUCACGACUGCCGCGGAUAUCGGGGAUGGGAUGUCAGACUCGCUGGACCCGGCGGAGAUCGCCCGGCGCGAGAAGAUCGCCAACUCCAAGAAUCCCAAGCGCACCGAGGCCAUGCUCAACCACUGGGCCCGGUUCAACCGCGAAGGGCGGACGCGCAACCCCAAGCGGUCCAAAGCGCAGAUCGAGGCCGAUCGGGUGGCCGAGGCGGCGAAGCGGGCCACGGAGCCUGACAAGCUCGUGGUCAAUAACCAACCUACCGAGAGUCUCCCGGGGCCACCACCGCGCCUGGCUCCCCUAACCGCGCCCCGGGGGGCCCUGGGGACAGGGAACAUGGCCUCCUAUGGCCCUAUUGACCCUCGGGCCAUUGCGCCCUUCCCGCCGGCCCCGCGGGGCCCACUGCACCAGCCGCCGCCCCAGCCCUAUCAUACGCCAUAUCCUUAUAUGCCGUAUGGGGCAGCGCCUGGCAUGCCGCCACCGGGGCCCCCGCGGCCGGCGUGAUUUUUUCGUUUCCCCCUUUCUUUUUCUCUUUUUCCUCCCCCUUCGACCUCCCCCUUUUUUAAUUCCGUGUUCUUAUACUUUAAUAAUGUAUUGUUUUGUUCUUUUGAGCAAGAGGCCGGGGGUCAGGGCAUCGAACAUAUGGCCGUCUAGCUCAUUGAUCUUCGGCCUCUUGCUUCGUUCUGCUUGCUCCCGGCCGCCGCCCAAAAAAGAACAUGCGACAUGAUAGGGGCGGCGGCCGGUCUCCGGUACGGGAGUCAUCCCUCAUACUGUUUCCCGGGGUCCAUGGGCGCCGUCUCAAAAGACAUCAGGCCUCAGCCCAUCGGCCCCGGGGACAAUUACCGCCCGCGACCUCUUCACCAGCCGUCGCCCCAACAUACCAUCCGCCUGAGAUUGGGGCGGCGGCUGGACCCUACGAUUGGGUUCUUUGUUUACUGCAUCUACCCCUUUUGCCGAUCUAAGGAGGGGCUGUCUUGUUGUUUUGUAUACUACCAUCAGAUCCUUUUUCUGGGGCCUUUGAUUUUACUAUUCUGGAUUUGUUGCAUUGUCUGGAUUAGCGUGUUGGCCAGCGAUGGCGCAGGUGGUCUGUUCUUGUGGAUUCGCGGAC